AGAGGCUCCUUCAGGGCCCUGAUUCAGCAGGGGCAAUGCAGCAGCUGAGAGGCUGAGGAGAAGGGCAAACUCCAGGCAGGAGGCACUAGGAAGCAGAAAGAGAGUCCCUCAGGGAUGAGGGGCUGUGCCCAGCUGGCUCUGGGAUGAAGACCAUGUCCUUUUAAUUGGCUGGAAAAUAUUCUUCCUGUGAAGUUCCAGUGCUCUGGUGCUUGAAUGAGCACAGCAUCCCAUUGGCUGCCUAUACCACCUCCUGAUUGGCUCCAGAUCCUAGAGGGGGGAUAGAUAAGGCCGGCUAUAAAAGCCCUAAGCUUUGCUCUUGGUCCCCCAGUGAGCAGGAGCUAGGGGUAUAAGCGGAGCAAGGCUGCAGCAGUACCAAGUCCUUGACAGACUCCUUUCUCUGUGAGUGUAUCCAGAUCCGCAUCUUUGCUGAAGCCGAAGAAAGAGGAGACACUCAGAAAAACUUAGCGGAAACUUGUCAGAGAAUGCUCCAAAAGUCAGUUAUUCUCCUGCUGCUGGUGAUCAGUGCUUCUGCAUCUUAUGAAGCCGAACAGAAUGACUCUGUGAGCCCCAGGAAAACCAGGGUUGCAGCACAGAAUUCAGCUGAAGUGGUUCGCUGUUUAAAUAGUGCCCUCCAGGUGGGUUGCGGUGCAUUUGCCUGCCUGGAGAACUCUACUUGUGACACGGAUGGAAUGUACGACAUCUGCAAGUCCUUCCUCUACAGCGCUGCUAAAUUUGACACUCAGGGAAAAGCCUUUGUGAAAGAGAGCCUGAAAUGCAUUGCAAACGGAGUUACGUCCAAGGUUUUCCUUGCCAUUCGGAGGUGCUCCACUUUCCAAAGAAUGAUCUCGGAGGUGCAGGAGGAAUGUUACAGCAAACUGGACAUGUGUAGCAUUGCAAAGCGUAAUCCUGAAGCAAUCACUGAAGUUGUCCAGUUUCCAAAUCACUUCUCAAACAGGUAUUACAACAAGCUCGUGAGAAGUUUAUUGGAAUGUGAUGAAGAGACUGUCAGCACCAUCAAAGACAGCUUGAUGGAGAAGAUAGGACCCAACAUGGCCAGCCUCUUCCAUCUGCUGCAAACAGAUCACUGCUCUCAAACGCACCCCAGGGCAGACUUCAACAGGCGACGUAUCAUUGAGCCUCAAAAGCUAAAAAUCUAUUUCAGGAACCUCCGAGGUGAGGGGUCUAUUCCAUCCCAUGUGAAACGUACCUCUUCAGAAAGUGCAUAAUUCUUUAGGGGAGAGAGAAUGGGUGUGUAAGGGAUCUAAGCACUACCAAUAUAGAAGCCUCUUUUUCUAGAAGAGUUAAUACACCCAUCCAAAUGUACUGUAGGCUGAUUUUAAUAACAAUUAGAAACUGGUUUUAGAUUUAGUUCAUAUUUUCUAUCCCUCUCAAACCAAUUUGCAUGGAACUAGGCUUCUGUGUUCAAUGUCCCAGCUUUCUGCCUUUGAAAUUUCUCCAUCUCUCUUCUCUUCCCCACCAAAACAAAAGGAAAAUCAUAAACCUAGGCUUUUACAACAGUCAGUUCUUCAGCAGACACCAAAUUAUCAAUGAACUGUAGCUCAAACACCCUUACCGUUUGAAACCAACUCAAAUAGUUUAACCUUAUUAAUAGUAUGAGGCUGGUAGGUGGUGAUAGCUUUUAAUGGAUCUAUCCUAAAGAUAUCAAUGGAAUUUGUGUUAUGAAUCUGUGCUGGCCAUGGACGAAUAUGAAUGUCGUGUUUGGAUUCUUGGUCUCAGUGACAUACAGUCUUAAUCCUCUGUCAUAAAACUCCCUUGCCCAGUUAAUCUACCACAAUCAGGUCUAGCACUCACGAAACGUGGAGGACUGUUUGUUUAGUAUUGCCCUGCAUCUCAGUGCAAAAACUACUAGCAAACCAGACUAGUUGCACUGUGGACAGCAUGAGGCGUAAGACCAUGUGGUGAAAGCAAAUUUUAAGUUGGUCAGUCUUUGCAUUGGUUUGAAAACCCCAGCAUCUUUAUGUACUGUAUCUAACUGUUAAAAGCUUUAAAAGAAUCCUUAACAAAACUGUCUUAAAACUAGAGUAUUAAAGGUCUUGCGCUAACUGUGGUAUACAGAGUUUAAAAAUCUGUCAUGUACUGUACAUAAAUUCCAGAAGAGUCUGCUUAAAAGAAGCAGAAUAUAAUAAUUUUAUUGCAUAUAAAUUUAGUUUUGUACCUUAGCUUUAUUUUUCCCCCUGGAAACAGUAUCUCUAUCAUGUUCAAAAGUACACAUUCCUCACGGUGGCCUU